AUGGAUGGUACUAUGGCAACUAAGAAGAUUGUAGUGAUUGGAGAUGGUAAUUGUGGUAAAACAUGUUUACUGAUUAAGUAUGUUUCGGGCCAGUUUGAGGAGAACUAUAUUCCUACUGUUUUUGACCAGAAAGAAGUGACUUAUCGUGAUGACGUCACUGGGCAGGAGAUUUUAUUGAGUCUUUGGGAUACGGCGGGACAGGAAGAUUAUGAUCGGGUGCGUGUUUUAUCGUAUGUAGAUACGGAUUUGUUAUUGGUAUGCUUUGCUUUGAACUCAGUGCGAUCUUUGGAGAGUAUUGGAGAGCGAUGGAAUGAGGAGAUUGAGCAUUUCUGUAAGCGGACACCGCGGAUCUUGGUAGGGAUGAAGGCUGAUUUGCGCAAGAAAUCCGAUGCCAAUUUGAUUACGCAGGAGAAAGCUAUUGAGAUGGCCAAGUACAUAUCGGCCCGGUCUUAUAUAGAGUGUUCUUCAUUUACGGGUCAGAAUGUAGAGGAGGUCUUUCAUCAGGCCGUGGAUGUAUUGAUGAACCGGAAAAGGAAGAAGGCUAAGAGUAAUGGGUGUCGAACUGCCUGA